CCAAGGGCUCGCCCCGUUCUCCCCCUCGGCGCCCUUCUCGACUCUGCCAGCCCUUGUCACUCCUUUUUGCCUAGUGCCUUGUCUCUCUGGCCCUCUUUUCUAUACUAGGUGCCGCCGCCCCCCUCCUCUUUCCCUCCCAGUGGCCUUCAGGUUUCCCCAGUCACUCUUUCUCUCCUUCUCUCUUUCCGUCUUUCCGUCUUUCCGCCCGUCUGUGGCCUCGUUUCAACUUCGCCUUUCCAGGUGCCUCUCUUUUCCGUUCUCCCACUGCUCCUACGAGCGUCCUUUCGUUCUUUUCCGCUUCAACCCAUCACCGAACUGUCGUUUUCUCCGAGUAUUAUGUGCUGAUUCACUGCAACUUCCUCGAUCACCAUGGCGGAUUCGCGCGUUGCCACCUCCGCUCGCUCACCACUUUCUGAGGCCUCGAAUCGAAUCAACUCAACCUAUCCUGUACAGGACAGCCAGCGGCCCAAGUCGCGAUACGAUCAAUCUGUUGCUCAGAAUGGCCACGAUGUUUCUCGUCCGAACUAUGCACACCCCGGUGGUCCCUCUGUUAGCCACGCUCCGGUGCCCAACCCCCGUUCAGGCGUCACUCAACCUCAGGGAGCUGGGGAGCUGAAACCGCCUCAAGAGACGGAAGAUCCCAGCCGCCUCUCUCAGGCCUCUUACGACUCAUCCGCCAGCAGCCGAAGCAAGAAGAACUACAAAACCCAUAUUGGCCCAUGGCAACUUGGGAAAACACUCGGCAAAGGCUCAUCGGCCCGAGUCCGUCUCUGCCGCCACAACAUGACGAACCAGCUCGCAGCUGUCAAGAUUGUUAACAGACGGAUGGCCUAUUUGGUGCAGGACAGCAGCUUGGCCGCCCUCAGCAAGUGGGACAACAGUCGUCCGAACCAGAUCGAUGGCGAGAUGCGAGUUCCUAUGGCCAUCGAGCGCGAAGUGGCCAUUCUCAAGCUCAUCGAGCAUCCAAAUAUCAUGAAGCUCUAUGAUAUAUGGGAAAACCGCUCCGAAGUGUACCUCAUCCUCGAGUACAUCGACCAAGGAGAUUUAUUCACCUUCAUCAACAUGAGGGGUCGGCUGAGUGAGGAGGUUUCCAUCUACUUCUUUCGUCAGAUUAUUAGCGCGAUCGCAUACUGUCACUCUUUCAACAUCUGCCAUCGCGACCUCAAACCAGAGAACAUCUUGAUCACGGCUGAUCUCCAGAUCAAGAUUGCCGAUUUUGGCAUGGCUGCUCUUCAUCAGACCGACACUCAUCAACUCGCCACCGCUUGCGGAAGCCCCCACUACGCAGCACCAGAACUCCUCAAAAACAGGCAGUAUCGUGGUGAUAGGGCAGAUAUCUGGAGUUUAGGUGUCAUUCUCUACGCCAUGCUGUCUGCAACCCUACCAUUUGACGACCCCGAUCUACGCGUGAUGAUGUCGAGAACGAAGAGGGGACAGUAUCAAAUGCCCGAUUUCCUGAGCCCUGAGGCUGAAGACCUCAUUCGGCGUAUGCUGCAAGUCAACCCUGACCAGCGUGCCACCCUCAAGGAGAUUUGGCGACACCCAGUCGUUCAGAAGUACGCCUUUCAAGAUAAUCUCAACGACAUGAAUGCACAGCCUCCCGACACGCGAAAGGGUUUCCAAUACACGCCUGUGCCCCCUCAAGACGUUGAUCCACAACUCCUACGCCAGCUUCGCUCCAUGUGGCACAUGUUCAGUGAGAGUGACCUCCAACUCAAGCUGACAUGCGAUCAGGCAAACGACCAGAAGGCCUUUUACUGGUUGCUGUUCAACUAUCGAGAGAAGCAGUUGGAAGACUUCAAGCCUGAAUUGGUUCACUCCAUGAGUGACUACCACCACUUGAAACCUGGUGCAUGGAAAAAGCGCGUGGCGACCCGCGAGUUUUCUCAACCUCGUCUAAACGGUCACGGUCGUUCCAUAUCGCGGUUCACCGUCAUCUCUAACGCUGCCGGGGCGGAUCCAGAUGCCACCUAUCCACCGCAGCCUAGUAGUCAACAACCCGAGGAUGGAGAUGCUCAAAAGAGCUACCCCAGAACCAGUGCUCACCGUCACUACCAAACGGCCAGCGGUUCAUACACCGUCCAAGCCUCGAGGAUUAGAAAUGGAUCGGGCGCUCGCCGUGGUCGCAUGACUGCCGCUCGAACUUCUACCACUGGGCGACUCCACUCAUCCAGAGGUUCACUGUCUUCCAUCCGCAGUAAUCGACUGCCAACUCCGCAUUCUCGCAGCCUACGCCACAAGCGAGGAGUUGAUUUUUCGCACAUUCGAAAACAAUCCAGCUCCUUAGGGCAUGUUCGCAGUGGUCCAGUCCGCUCAUACGUGACUGAGCAAGGAUCUACCUAUCGAAUUGACAUGAAUCGCUCUCCGACUCCUAAGGUGCCCACCAUGCCGAGCGGCGUUCUCCCCAAGCCCGCGGUGCAUAGCAACCCACUGAAACAUCACCCGGUGUACAUACAACCAGGGCCCAACGAGCAAGUACACAACAGACCAACACGAAAGCCAGUUCCCAACGGCGCGAUGAACAACAGGCCAACACGAGAGCCAGUUCAGAGGCAAGUCGCAGACGGGAAACAUGUUUCGGAGAUCUUUGGGGAAGAACUGCGACACUUCAGCAGCAACAUUGCCAAAGAUUGUGAUGAUGCUUUCGGUAGCUCUUUGAUCGAUGAUGAUUCGAUUGCUGGUUCUCUUACAGAAGUGGACAAGAGUCAUCGGGAGGCAGCUUCAUUCUCCUUAACCAUCGAUCCGGCGGAUGGCCGUCCUGCUGAGGACCCAGCUCCCGACUCAGAUACCACCACCCAAAGUCUGAACAGUCGACCACUGCCUCCGCUGCCUCCAGUUGAAGUGGAUGACGGCCACUCCUUGGCGCCAACAAACGUUGAUUCCCGACCAACCUCUCGAGACGACUACAUUGGAGAGCUACGUGCAGACCAGGUCAAGACUGCCUUUCCAGUUGUGCUCACAAAGCAUACGGAUAGGCGUGUUGUCUCGGCCCCUGCCCAAACCAGAGGACAGAGGAAGCCUACAGGACUCCCUUCCAUCAAUGAAACCGGCAUGUCCAAUGAUAAGACUCGAAUCGUAUCGGCACCUCCUCACACACCCACCAAGAGGGGGGCUGAGAGGGUCAAUGGUUUGGAAUACUUGAGCCAAGUUGAGAACAGUAUUCGGGUUGUUGAUUCCCCAAGUGGCCAGAGCCCAGUCAAGGUACCUAGGCCGCUAAAUGUGAGAAAGAAGGCUGGAGAGGACGAGUCGGGGCGUACUCUGCACCCAAACAGUGCUUACAACUUGGAGCGGCCCAAAGAAGUAGCACCUGCGAUUGCCAACAUUUCCCACGAACCGCAAGGUCCCGCAAAGAAGAAGAAGUCGUCGUGGUUCAGACGAUCGCACAAGCCUGAGUCAGAGGUCGGCAGAGAUUCCACGGAUUGGCAAGAUUGCAGCUCAAUUGCAGCAUCGAGCGAGGGGAAGCACAGUGACUCUACCUCGAUGGGAGUUGCGGCGAAGAGAAAGACUUUUAGCUUCCCAUUCUGGAAGAGCAAUAAGCCCAGAGAUUCUGGCAUGUCGCUUGGCAAAGCAGGAGAGCCAGAAAUGAAAGAGGCAUCUUCAGAGGAGCAUGUCGUAGGCAAACAUGCUGCCCAGGGUAAGGUGGCUGGUAUCAGGAUGAGCGAGUCUGGGUCUGGCGGCGUUCGCAACAUCGAAGUGAAGCAGAGCUGGCUUGCACGCCUCUUCCGAGUCAAGCCCGCGACGAGCCACGUCUGCAUGGCCAUCUCGCGGCGCCGGGCGCGUCAGGAGAUAGCCAUCCUCCUACGGGAGUGGCGCAAGUAUGGCAUUCGGGGUAUUCAGGUUGACAAGCAGCGCAACAUUGUCUUUGCACGGGUUGCUGCUAAGAACUAUCUUGAGCUCAAGGAAGUGUCGUUUGCUGCCGAGGUAAUGACAGUGAUUGAACAUGGUAAGAAGCAACAGCUCAGCAUUAUUCGGUUCACGCAGGAGCGGGGAGCAGCCAGCAGCUUCCAUAGAGUGGUGGAUACGAUCAAGUUGAUGUUUGAGACGCGCGGCCUCGUGGUGGUGGAUAAGAACAAGGAGAAGAUGAUGAUGGAUACGCUCAACUCGUGAGCGAACGACGUUGUUUGUUCAAGGGCGAGAAGCAUCACCGAGCUCAAGUGCGGCGGUGGUGGACGUGCAUCAAGACAGUAUUAACGUUUAAUGCUGUUUGGAUGAGGGAAAGCUUACUGCAUCGCUUAGAUUUUCUGCACAGGGGUGUUGGACUGGAGUUGGAUGUAAAACGAUGACACGUUGCGAUUCGUUUGGUUUGGCUUGGUUUCUUGCUUUCAGAGUUACAGUAUCUUGUUGGACGGAGGGACGGUGCUUGAAGGGGACUACAAAGGCUACUCGGAUGCAUUCAUUCAUUCUCUUCUCUUGUUAUUGAUGGAUUGGUUCAUUCGUUAGCUGGCCUACCAGUCAGUCAUCCAUCAAGUCUAUAUCGCGCCACCAUCAGAUAAUAGAGAUAGAUGGCUUGGUUUCAACAAGUUGCAGAUGUGUGCUGCUUUUAAUUCAAACCUAGAAUCUA